GGAAGGAGAGUUGGAGUGUGCAGCUUCGUGCCCAUCUGUGGCCCCACCACUGACAUUAACUCCAUUGACAUCUAAUGCAACUCCUCCAUCUAUAAAUACUGGGCCAUUCCUUGCAUCUUGAACAUAUAAGCAUUCACAGAAAACAAGCAAGCAAGAGCUGAAAAUCCUUCUCUCUGCUACAACUACCUAGAUCACCUAUGGCCGACUGUGGCAACUGCGACUGUGCUGACAAGAGCCAGUGCGUGAAGAAGGGAAGCAGCUACACUAUUGACGUUGUGGAGACCGAGAAGAGCUAUGAUGACGCUGUUGUCAUGGAUGCUCCAGCGGCUGAGAAUGACGGCAAGUGCAAGUGCGGAAGCAGCUGCUCCUGCACCAAUUGCACCUGUGGUCAUUAAGCGAAUGAUAUGAUUAUCAUUAUGUAGUAUCUGCAGGAACUGAAACAAUCCUAAUAAUGUGGCUCUGAUGUUAAUUUCCUGUUGAUGCCUGUGUUCUAGUCCAGUAAUGUAUGUGUCUAUCAUGAGAGUGUUCUGUGAUUUUAUAUGGAUGUAGCGGCCACAGGUGUGGCUUUCUGUGGUCUAAUAAAACACUAUUAUUAGUGUAAA